AUGACAUGUUAUAUAUAUUGGUCUACAGAUAGUGAGACAUGGAUGAUUAUCCAGCACAACAACACUGAGCUGACCACAGCCCCACCUGCAGCUGGCUUGGACCACCACUCGGUCCACUUCAGUUACUCUUCUGAAGAAGAGCAACUUUUAGGUUCUAUCAGCCAAUCAGAGCACUGUGAACAGGAGUUAUCCUACCAGUGCAGGAAAUCCCGACUUCUCAACACUCCAGAGGGGACUCCGUUCAGCUGGUGGCUUGGCGGCCGCGCUCCAGGCCGUGUGCAGACUUAUUGGGGUGGAGCUCAUCCAGGCAGCCAGCAGUGCGCCUGUGGCCUCCAUGGCGACUGUGUGGACCCACAGCACUACUGCAAUUGUGACGCAGACAUCAUGGAGUGGACUGAGGACUCAGGCCUCAUUACCCACAAGGAACACCUGCCCAUCAGAUCGCUGGUAGCUGGGGACAUUCAGAGGCAGGGUUCAGAGGCAGCAUAUAGAGUGGGACCACUCCGCUGCUUCGGAGACAAAAAUUUCUGGAAUACAGCAUUUUUUGAGAAGGAGACAUCAUACCUCCACUUCCCCACCUUUCACGGAGAGCUAAGUGCAGACAUCUCCUUCCUUUUCAAGACUACUGCGUCUUCUGGAGUUUUCCUGGAAAAUCUUGGCAUCAAAGACUUUAUUCGAAUUGAACUGAGCUCUUCUACCCGAGUGGUUUUCUCCUUCGACGUUGGUAAUGGCCCGCUGGAAGUUCAAGUAGAAUCGACAGUCCCAUUAAAUGACAACCGCUGGCAUCAAGUUCACGCUGAACGCAACAUAAAGGAGGCCUCCCUCCGACUGGACAGCCUGCCUGUGGCCACACAGGAAGCUCCUGCUGAAGGGCACGUCCACCUGCAGCUCAACAGCCAACUGUUCAUCGGAGGCACAGCGUCCAGACAGAGGGGUUUCCGAGGCUGUAUCCGCUCUCUGCAGCUGAACGGAGUCACUCUGGACCUGGAGGAAAGGGCAGAGAUCACGCCGGGGGUUCGACCCGGCUGCCCCGGUCACUGUAGCAGCUACGGAUCCCUGUGCCAGAAUCAGGGACGCUGUGUGGAGCGGGCCAAGGGCUUCCACUGUGACUGCAGCUUGUCUGCUUACACUGGAGUCUUCUGCCAUACAGAGUUAUCAGCCAGCUUCAAAUCUGGAACAUCGAUCAGAUACACCUUCAAGGAUCCGAACAAGAUGUCCAGAAACGGCAGCGCUCUGCCGUCCUCCAUCCACUCCGACACGACGCUCAGAGGGGAGAACAUCUCUUUAAGUUUCAGGACGGCACAAAGUCCAGCUCUGCUACUUUACGUCAGCUCCUACUACAGCGAGUACAUGGCUGUGCUCAUCAACAAGCAUGAUAAGCUGGAGGUGAGAUACAAACUGGAAGGCAACCGAGACGCUGAAGUGCUGAGAAGCAGCAGCGGGAGGAAUCUGGCUGAUGGACAGCUGCACAGCAUCACUAUCAGCAGACGGACACACACGGUGUCUGUGAAGGUUGAUCAAAAUACCAAGGAAGACUUCAACCUCACAUCUGAUGGAGAGUUUAACGCUAUCAAGUCACUGGUGUUGGGAAGAGUGCAUGGUAAGUGAAGGGAGAGGAAGAAC